AUGGUUUACUACGCAUAUGUAAAAUACGUAGCUCCAGAGAAGCGAUACUGGCGAUACAUCCUUGCUGCGCCUGAUGCUGAAACCAUUGAUGAGUGGUGGCGUGAGGCAUCCUCCAACGCCGAUAACAACCUCGCACGUCUAGCACCCGAUUUUUACACAUGGAGCAGCGGUGCGAACGUUUGGGAUCUUGGCCCUAAAUUGGCGGAUAAGAUCAUGAUCUCGUCUGUGAGCAAUCAGGACUCGUCAAACCCGGAGACUUUCCACCAACCUGAGCGAGCUGAUGUUGUCAGCGGCAAUUCCUUCUACAUCCGCUCAAAGUCGAACCCAAAGCUUUACUGGCUCGCCAAGGACGAUCAGCUCUGGGCCACCAACCAGGGACGCACUCGGUUCGUCUUCCACAUUGACGGAGAUCAUGACAAUAAGAAGACUGUUGUCAUUGGAAGUGACCAGAUUUCCAUCGUUCCAGUCGGUGGUGAAAGUAAGCAGAAGUAUGUUUCUGUAAGUGACAACAGCGAGCUUGUUCUCAGUGGCCACAGCUGCCGCAUGUAUUACAGUGACUUCAAGAGGAACUUUCUCGCUCAAGGAGAGACUGGAAGUUCGGGCAGUGCCUUGAUUACCAAGGUUGAAGGUCAUGGCGAGGAGUGGGAGCUUAUCCAGUAG